UUCCAGGGUGGGCUGUGUGCGUCCUGCUCGCAGUUACGGGAGCGGACGAGUCAGACGGAGUGUGUCAGUGGGACCGGGGCACUGCGCGUCGGACAGCACAAGCUGGAUAAAGCGCACCGGCUCUGCGCAUGUAUUUGCUAAUUUUUCUUCAAAGUGUUGAAUUCCGCUGCGCCUCUUAUCGGAUGCUGGAUGCAACACCUUUCCGUGUCAAGAAUACACGUCUGACGGACAAACCAUGGACAGUCUAGGGAGCCGUUGCAAGAUUGUGGUGGUCGGGGAUACGCAAUGUGGGAAAACUGCGCUCCUGCACGUUUUUGCCAAGGACUGCUAUCCAGAGAACUAUGUGCCCACAGUGUUUGAAAACUACACAGCCAGUUUUGAAAUAGAGAAGCACCGGAUUGAACUGAAUAUGUGGGACACGUCAGGUUCUUCUUAUUACGAUAAUGUGAGGCCGUUGGCGUAUCCUGAUUCAGAUGCAGUGCUUAUCUGUUUCGACAUCAGCCGUCCAGAGACUUUGGACAGUGUCAUAAAGAAGUGGCAAGGAGAGACGCAAGAGUUUUGUCCAAAUGCCAAGGUGGUGCUGGUGGGCUGUAAGCUGGACAUGAGGACAGAUGUCAACACCCUGAGGGAACUCUCCAAACAGCGCCUCAUCCCUGUCACCCACGAGCAGGGAAGCACGAUAGCUCGUCAGAUGGGAGCGGUGGCGUAUGUGGAGUGCACCUCCAAGGUUUCUGAAAACAGUGUUCGGGAUGUGUUCCACAUCACCACCUUGGCGUCAGUGCGACGGCCGCACAAGCCGCAGCUUAAACGCAGCAGCUCCCGCAGAGGCCUGAAACGAGUCUCGCAACUGCCCCUUCCACCUCUGCCGGGUCGGACUGAGCAAAUAGACCAGGCCCCGGCCAUGAGGAAGGACCGGGCCAAGAGCUGUGUGCUCAUGUAGAGACCUAUCAUUACAAAUAUAUAUAUAUGUAUAAACACAGAAAUAUAUAUAUGAAAGAG